AUGCUAGAAAUGACUAUAGAACAGAGGAACGUCGCAGAAAUGGCUCUCCUUCCUGAUCGUUCACCUCAAAUUGGUGAUACACCUUUAAGUCCAUCCAAAUUAAGUGAAACUCAAGAUCGAAAUGUGUCUGAUGCAAUUGCUACUGUGAUGGAAAGAGUGGCAAAAAAUGGUCCUGGACAAAAUUUUUCUUCAAAAGCUAGUAAUUUUUAG